CACUGCCCGCUCUCUUUUUUUUUUUUUUUUUUUCUGUUUUGCAUAAUUUAUUUAAGCUAUCAGAGAGGGAUCCGUUUUUCUUCCCGUUUUAUUCAUCAACCGUCAACAUGAGUCUCUUCGGUCUUGGAAGGAACCAGAGAACGUUCCGCCCCAAAAAAAGUGCCCCCUCUGGGAGUAAGGGAGCGCAAUUAAGAAAGCAUAUUGAUUCAACUUUAGGCAGUGGAAACUUGAGAGAAGCUGUAAGACUUCCUCCAGGAGAGGACAUUAAUGAAUGGCUUGCUGUCAACACUGUUGAUUUCUUCAACCAAGUAAAUCUUCUGUUUGGAACCCUCACAGAGUUUUGCACACCAGAGAACUGUCCUACAAUGGCAGCAGGUCCCAAGUAUGAAUAUAGGUGGGCUGAUGGUGUGCAAAUAAAAAAACCUAUUGAAGUUUCUGCACCAAAAUAUGUUGAAUAUUUAAUGGAUUGGAUUGAGGGUCAGCUAGAUGAUGAAUCUAUAUUUCCUCAAAGGCUUGGUGCACCAUUUCCAUCCAACUUCAAGGAAGUUGUGAAGACAAUAUUCAAACGCCUGUUUCGUGUAUAUGCUCAUAUUUAUCACACCCAUUUUCAAAAGAUUGUGAGUCUCAAGGAGGAGGCCCAUCUAAAUACCUGCUUCAAACAUUUCACACUAUUUACCAAUGAAUUUGGGCUGAUAGACAAGAAGGAGCUUGCUCCACUCCAAGAGCUGAUAGAGUCUAUUAUUGCCCCUUAUUGAGCAUGCCCUCGACUUUAUUUUCCUUGAAAAAUGAAUUGCUAGAGAUUAAAUGCAUCUCAUCAUGUAAUAAAAAUGUCAAAUAGAUAUUGAAAUAUAGCUAAUUUAUCCCUUUUUCCCCAACUAAUGUUCCCUGCAUGACUAAAAAAUGUCCAUAUAGUAGCCGCCAUUGGAAGGAGCUAAUGUGUAUAUCAUUGGUGUAAUGAAUGUAUCAUUGACGGAAUGUGUAUCUUAGAUUGUAAGUGAAUGCUCUAUUUAAACGUUUGAUGUGUAAUAGAGAAUGUUAUGAGUAAAACAUUUAUUAA